CUAGUUCCGGAGAUCCGGAAUCUGGCGCGGGGCUCGGCCUCUGUGACGUCAUAAUGCAGCGCGCGCUGCAGACGGUUAGACGGGAGCUACCGUUUCUUCGCUUACUACCUUGUGGCGGGUACCUCUCUUUUUGCACCUUUUCUGGGAAGGCACUAGACGGAACUAUUUUAUCCCAGGAAGCCAGGACCUGGGGAUUACAGAAAUUGUAACUCCCACAGGUCCUACUCUAGGAGCAAGAUCCAACAAGUAAAGCAAGGAAGAGGUCUCAGGACCUGCAUAUGGUCAUUUGUGGGGACACCAUUGACCAGAAACGAAGAUUUCAGGAAUUUAGGGGAAUUCAAGAAGAAACUAAGGCACAAGUCUCCAUAUUGGCCAUUGUCCAAUAACAGAAGAAAAUGAAGGACCAGGAAUUGCUGACACUGGAGGAUGUGGCUGUGGACUUCACCUGGGAGGAAUGGCAGCUCCUGGCCCCUGCCCAGAAGAACCUGUACCGGGAUGUGAUGCUAGAGAACUAUAGCAACUUGGUGUCAGUGGGGUAUGUGGCCGGCAAGCCAGACGCACUCUUCAGAUUGGAACAAGGAGAGCCAUGGGCAACAGAAGAUGAAAUCCGCAGUCAAAUCCAUCCAGAGAUCAAGAAAGAUGAUAGUCAUCUACAGGGCCACUUGCAAAAUCUAACAUGUCCAAAGAGAAUGAAACAAGGCCACAAACAUAAUGCAUUUGGAAACAUCAUUCUUCAGAGUAAAAGUAAUUUUCCUUUAAGGCAAAAUUACGAUAUCUUUGACUUACAUGGGAAAACACGGAAAUCAAAUUUAAGGAUAGUCAACCAGAACAGAAGCUAUGAAGUAAAGAACUUCAUUGAGGUUAAUGGAGAUAUGAAAUCUUUCUCCUAUACAAAGCAUGACCAGUAUUGUAUUGAAAUUAAAUUCCCUGAAUGUGGAAAUUCUAUGAAUACAAAUUCCCAAUUCAUCAAGCAUCAAAGAACCCAAAAAAUAGAGAAACCCCAUGUAUGUAGUGAAUGUGGAAAAGGCUUCUUCAAGAAGUCUCGGCUCAUGGAUCAUCAGAGAGUUCACACAGGAGAAAAGCCUCAUGGGUGCAGUGUAUGUGGGAAAGCCUUUUCCAGAAAGUCCAGGCUCACUGAACACCAGAAAACUCACAUAGGAGAGAAGCGGUAUGAAUGUUCUGAAUGUGACAAAGCAUUCCCUAAGAAAUCACGGCUACUCAUGCAUCAGAAAACUCAUACAGGAGAGAAACCCUAUGUGUGCAGUGAGUGUGGAAAAGGCUUCAUCAAGAAAUCUCGGCUCAUUAAUCAUCAGAGAGUUCACACAGGAGAGAAGCCUCAUGGAUGCAAUUUGUGCGACAAAGCAUUCUCCAGAAAGUCCAGGCUCAUUGAACACCAGAGAACUCAUACAGGAGAAAAACCUUAUGAAUGCACUGAAUGUGACAAAACAUUCCGCUGGAAGUCACAGCUCAAUGCCCAUCAGAAGACUCAUACAGGAGAGAAAUCAUAUAUAUGCAGUGAUUGUGGCAAAGGCUUCAUUCAGAAGGGCAAUCUCAUUGUACAUCAGCGAACGCAUACUGGGGAGAAGCCUUAUAUAUGCAGUGAAUGUGGGAAAGGUUUCAUUCAGAAGGGCAAUCUCCUUAUACAUCAACGAACUCACACUGGAGAGAAACCCUAUGUAUGCACUGAAUGUGGGAAAGGCUUCAGCCAGAAGACAUGCCUCAUAUCACAUCAGCGAUUUCACACUGGAAAGACUCCCUUUGUAUGUACUGAGUGUGGAAAAUCCUGUUCACACAAGUCUGGUCUCAUUAACCACCAGAGAAUUCAUACAGGAGAGAAACCCUAUACCUGCAGUGACUGUGGGAAGGCUUUUAGAGAUAAGUCGUGCCUUAACAGACACCGGAGAACUCAUACAGGAGAGAGGCCCUAUGGAUGUGCUGACUGUGGAAAGGCUUUCUCUCACCUGUCAUGCCUUGUCUACCAUAAGGGAAUGUUGCAUGCAAGAGAGAAAGGUGCGCAUUCAGUUGGGUUGGAGAAUCCUUACUCACAGAGCCCCAGAUCAUCACUUUCAAAUGAUAGCAUGCAGGAGAAAAACCCUGUUAACACAGUGUCGGUGCAGAUGUCUUCUGUAGCAGCUCAGACUUCAUUACACCUCCAUGGGCUCCUAGCAGAUAGGAACAUAGUCACUGUGGGACAGCCAGGUGCCAGAUGUACACCACCAGCAGAUAACAGAAGUUGCACAGAGAAACCUUUUGAAUGCAGUGAAUGUGGUAGUACCUUCACUGAUCAUUUACAUCAUAUUUUAUGUCAUAAAAAGCACACAGGGGUAAAGUGUGAUACAAUCAAGGUGGAAAAUCCUUGAAUAAAACCUUCCAGCUCAUUAUGCGGCUGGUAAGUGUAUACUGAGACAAAUAGCAUAAAGACCAGGAAUAGUAUAAAGACAAAUAGUAUCAAGAUCAGGAAAGCCUUUCUGGAAGGAUAGACCUUCCUGGUGCCUCACAGGUCACAUAUCAUUAGUGAGCUCAUAGCUGGUAGAAAUAUAAUGACCUUGGAAAAGUCCUUCCCCAGAAAUAAGACUUCGGUAAGCAUCAGAGUUCACACAGGAGAGGAACUGUUGGAAGAGCUCUGAAAGCAGUGAAUGUGGCAGGGUUGUCAGUGGAGCAUUUUGCCUCAUCAGUAGGCAGAGGAAAUAAUACAGAAACAAAACUGCACACAGCAACUGUGGAACAUCUUCGGAAAACACAUAAAGCAAACAAGCCCUGUGAAAAUGAAUAUUUUAGAGAUUUCUGCCACAAGUCUACCAUCAUUUUAUAUCAGAUAAUGUACAUAGUGUAUAUUUAGGACCUUGAAUCAAACUCCUAAUUGAUAAUGAUGGUCAUUCCUUAAUUCAGUGGUUAGAGUUAUAACAGUGUAUCCCCUCCCUUUUCAGGGUGGGGGGCAUGAAUCUUUCAUUCCCACCCACGAUCAUUACACAGUUAGCUCUUGUGUUUCUCUGGUUCUAAAUUUGUUGAGUUUAUUUUAGGUUACUAAAUACUGAAGUCUAUCCUUCAAAAGGAAAGUGGAUGCAUUUGAUUCAAUAACAUAACUUAGGGUGUUUGGAUGUGUUUAACUUUGUAAAUAUCACCCAAAGGGACAGCUGCUCACAACUGAAAACCUAUCGGCCAGGUUUUUUCCAUGGAGGAUAGUUCACAUCUGAUCUACACACCAUUCAGAAAAACUUUCAUCAACUAUUUCCUUUACCUGGCGCUAUUCUAAGACCUACAGAUGCUGACAGUGAUGAACUGAACAAAAGUCCUUGCUGCCUUUGAGUUGGCUUUUUUAAAGCUGGAUUAUAUGCAUGUAGCAAUUUGACCCUCCAGCAAAUGUAAUCAAAGGAUGUAUAUGCCUACAUUAGUUGAAAAGGACAUACUAUAGAAGGUACAAAGUAUCCUGAUUAUUUCGUGUUCAAGGCGCAUAUUAUUUUUUGGAGAGGGAACAGGAAAGGAUUUACUUAGUUUUACACAUGUAAAAUAGGAUAUGGGGACUUUUUAAAAAGGUUUGUAUCUUAUUUCUCUACCUGGAUUAUAAAUGCCUAUCUGGAUAGUUUAUAGAUAGUCCUAUAUUCUGCAGCAAUAGCAAAAUAGAAACGGAUUACAUAGCUUUGAAAGAUGAUUGAAAAUGAAUGUGUGACCUAAUGAAUGACCUAACAGACUAAUCAAGCAAACUUAUUUUUGUCACCGAAGGAAAGGAAUGAAUGCCAAAAAUCAGUAUUCUCCCAAGAAACAUUUUAAAAAAGAAUCCUGAGUAGAGGCCCUUGGCAAUACAGAAGGGGCAGAUCAGCAAGGGAAUAAGAUCCACAGAAUAAGCCCAAUUAAUGGAAGAAAAUGACGUCACUUUAAAAAUGGAGGACAGUGUGUUUGGCAGGUGGAGGUGAGAUUCCCUUCAGAUGUCAUGGAGAAGAGCCCUGAACUGUUCACAGUCUGCCAUCUAUGAGAGUUGCCACCAUCUCUGGGAUCCUGGCUCCUCUGUGAUGUGAUGAGACAUGAUGUAGCGUCAUCCUCACUGUCCUGGGAAGGGGCCUGUGUCCUCUCUUCUGUACUCAGGGUUCUUCCCCUCGGUUCAAUAAAGAUCUAUGCAGCUUAAAAACAGUCCUGCUUACAAGGGAAAACGGUGGAAAUUUGCCAUGAAGUGGCUGUCUCCCAAUUGAGAUCCAAACUGAGUUUUUGAGUAAUUUACUACUACAGACAUUUUUUUGAGCAUCUAAACUGUGACAGGCACUGUUGUAGACAUGGGAUACACUGGUGAACAAAACAUGCAGAAUAAUGGCCCCUAACAGGAUGGAUUCAGGACAGAUGCUCUUCAAAGAAUCAAAUGGAUUCUUCAACUCGGGCUUCAGGUCCUCUCCAUUUCUUGUUUUGUGAAUCUGCAUAUCCCAUCAUGAUGGUCAGUGAUUUUCUACUUAAAUCUGCAGUCUACCCCUGAAUGGGCUGCCUGGCCUGCCCUGAACCUGAGGACCAGAUGCUGAAUUAACUCACCUUUCCGACGCUGGCAUCCCAGGCAUUGCUGAUUCUGGAGGAUGUGACUGUGGACUUCAUCUGGGAGGAAUGGCAGCUCCUGGCCCACUGCUCAGAAGGACCUAUACUGGGACGUGAUUUUGGAGAACUAUAGGAACCUGGUGUCAGUGGGGUAUCAAGCUACCAAACCAGAUGUACUCUCCAAGCUGGAAUGAGGGCAAGAGCUGUGGAUGGCAGAAGAGGAAGUCCAUAGUCGAACCCAUCCAGAAAUCAAGGGAGUUGAUGAUCAUCUGCAGUAAUACUUGCAUACCUGAGAUUUCUAAAGACAACUAAAUAUGAAACGAUGUGUGAACAUAAUGUCUUUGAAAAUAUUGUUCAUCUGGACCAACACCGUUUUCCUUUAAGGCAAAAUCAUGGAAAUAAAAUUUAAAUUUAGUCAGUUAAAACAGAAGCUGUGGAAUAAAGAACCCUGUUGAGCAUGGUGGAGAUGGAAAAUCCUUUCUCUUUACAUAAUAUGAGCAAAUUCAUACUAAAAUGCCUGAAAUUGGAAACUCAUCAGCACGAAGGCUCCCAUUUGUUAAGCAUCAGGGAACUCAGAAAAUUGAGAAAUGCAUAUAUGUAGUAAAUGUAGGGAAUCCUUCAUCAGAAGUCUCAGCUCACUGAAGAUGAGAGAAUUCACUGGGGAGAGAAACCCCUGAAUGUAGUACAAAUGGAAAACACAUACCACAAAGUCUAGGUUCAUUGAACACCAGAAAAUUCAUACCGAAGAGAAACUUUAUAUAAGGUCAAUGUGGCAAAGCAUGUUAUAGGAAGUCAGAAGUCAUUAUACGUAAGAGAAAUGAAAGAGGAGAAAACCCCUGUUGAUACACUAAAUGUGGCAAAGCCUUUUUCAUUAAAUGACAUCUCAUUUUAUAAUAUCAGAAAACUCAUACCUGAUAGAAACCCGUCAUGUGUAAGGAUUGUGGAAAAGGCUUCACCCAGAUUAGUUUCACUGUACAUUGGUGAACUCGUACUGGUGAGAAACCUUAUGUAUGCAGUAAAUGUGGACAAGCUUUAUCCAGAAGAUAGGGCUCAUAUGACAUCAGAGAGUUCAUACAAACAAGACUUCCUUUGUAGGUAGUAACUGUGGAAAAUCCUGUCCUCAGAAGUCAGGUCUCAUUAAACAUCAGAAAAUGCUCACAGGAGAGAAACCUCAUAAGUGUAGUGGAUGUGGGAAAACCAUCAUGAAGUAACAGCUCAUUGUCCAUUAAAGAACUCCUAUAGGAGAGAGAUCCUAUGAAUGCACUGGAUGUGGGAAAGCUUUCGCCUAUAAGUUUUGCCUUAUUAAACAUGAGACAUGCACAAAGUUAGAAAUACGUAGAUUCUAAAUGUGGAAAACCCUUCUACAGAGUUACAGCUUAUAACAUAUAAGUGAAAUGCUGUUAAUUUGGUCACUGCAAAUGCCAUGUGUUGCCCCUCAGACAUCAUUAAAUAUCAGUGGGCUCCUAACAAAUAGGAACAUAGUCCUUUGGAGCAGACACUUGCUAGAUAUGUGUCCUCAAGAGAUAGCAGAAAACGUGCACGGGAGAAUAAAAACCUUCUAACUGUAGUGAAUGUGAUUGUGCCUUCACAGGUCAAUUAGGUCACAUUUUGUCUCAAAAAAAAAAAAAAAAAAAAAAA